AGAUGUCAAGGAGCAAGCGCAAGACAGAGUAAAGUGGAGACAACUUGUGAGGGCCCUAUGUACCAGCGGGGUACCCUAGGACAACAACAACAACAACAACAACACAUUUAAACCUGAAGAAACACUAAAUAGACAAAAUAAAACAAACCACACGACUUCACUGCUCGCGUUCCCGCCGAAAAGUCCAAGUCGUAUAUUUGUUGGAGAAGAAACGCAGAGUAAAAUAAAAUGAGAAAUGUCAAAAAAGUCAAUUGUCAUGUCAAUUUGGAUAAAAUUUGUUGGAACAAAAGAGAAAUAAUAUUUUGGACUGAUUGUUACGUAAAAGUCGCAAUGUUCAAAGCUAUCUGCCAGACAGCAGGUUUAUCGAAGAACCAUUUAUCAAGGUUUAAAGGUGCGUUUUCAACGUACAAUGUUCGCUAUGCUGAUGCAGAUCCAACAUGCCGAAAGGAAGCACCUAAAAUUGAAAACGAAUCCGUUUUGGCCUUGCCAGAAGAAGCUCGGCAUCAAAAAGCACUGGAUUCCACUAUUGUAGUGCCAACGAAGGCAGAUCUCAGCCCCAUUUUAGGAGUCCCAGAAGAACAUAUUAAGACUCGCCGUGUACGUAUUUAUCAACCUGCGAAGAAUGCAAUGCAGAGUGGUACAAAUAAUAUCCAUCAUUGGGAAAUGGAAUUUGACACUCGUCAACGUUGGGAAAAUCCUCUGAUGGGCUGGACAUCCUCAGGAGAUCCUCUGUCCAAUGUCAAAAUUCAGUUCAGAUCUCCUGAUGAAGCAAUUGAGCAUUGUGAGAAAAAUGGAUGGAUGUGGUACAUUGAUGUUCCUAAAACCGAGAAGGAUUUCAAACCUAAAAGCUAUGGGUUAAAUUUCGCUUGGAAUCGUCGUACUCGAGUCUCCACUAAGUAAAACGGUAGUUCAAAAAUGUUAAUUUUAUUAUAUUAAAUAAUGUUAUGAAAAA